AAUCACCAACCGCAGUUUCUUGACCUCCAUCAAACCCUCCUACACGUUGUUUGUUCACUCUCUCACCACCUCGAUCAACCCCGUCCAUUCUCUACAAAUAUAGUCGCCAUGUCGACGGCACGCUCAGCUUUCUUGCUGGCACGACGUGUUGCCCUGAGACCCUCUCGCGUCGCUCCUCGAACAUUCUCUACCGUCCCUGUCCGUCAAAGUCGAUGGGACCUCAAGCCCGGUGAGGAGAAGGGCAAGCUGGUUGCUUUCGAGGAUGUCAAGACUGAAAAGGAUCUGCUUCCUCCUGGUGCCGAACCUGGAACCAUUCCCACCGAUCUCGAACAAGCUACUGGUCUGGAACGAUUGGAAAUUCUCGGAAAGAUGCAAGGCAUUGAUAUCUUUGACAUGUCUCCACUUCCAUCAGACCGCAAAGGUACCUUUGAGAACCCAAUUGUGGUCAAAUCGGCGGGCGACGAGAUUCAGGCUGGCUGCACCGGAUCCCCGGCAGAUUCUCACGUGGUGAGAUGGUGUGUGAUGUCUCGUCAACGACCUUUUGAGCGAUGCGAUGAAUGUGGUAGCGUUUACAGAAUGGAUUAUGUGGGACUUCCUGAUGACCCACAUGACCAUCAUCACCACCACGGUUAUGAAGAGCCGAAGACGAUGGCAGACUUUGUCAAACCUGCAUACUGGUACAGUUAAGCUAGGUUCGAGUUGAGUUGAAGACGAGGAGAGGAUAAGAGAGCAUCAGCUCAUGUCCGUGGGGCUGACGACCAGUGUACAUAAGCAAGUUGAUCGAUAAACUGCGAAUGGUGACAGAUUGAACAUUGAAA